AUGGUUAAUUAGUUGCCAAAAAGAUAAUAUAUAUCUGCUUACUAAAUUUUCUACAAAGAAUAGACCAAGGUAUUUUAGUAGAAUGGGGUUGGGAUCAAUAUGGUAGGGACUUUAUUGUAAAGGAAAUGGGAAUAAUUGGCUCAUGAGGAACAAAGGUAUUACCAGGAAUAAUUUGAAAAAUUUGAAGUGAAAUAUUAAGAGUAAUUAAAUGAAUUUAAAAAAAUUAAUCAAAUGUUGAAUUAAUCCAAAAAGAUAGAGAAAUCGUUUAUUAAACCAAAAAAACCUUAGAUUCCACAAAUUCAUUAUGUUAUAUAAAAUAGAUAUAAAUAUAAAGGAAAGAAUUACAGUUAAAACUAAAUUUAUGCUGAAUUAAUAAAGGAAUUCAGCAUUUAGAGAUUGGAAGUGAAGGAAUAGUUAGAAUGGGAAUAUGAGAGUAAAUAAACUAUAUAUGAUUGUGAAAUGAUUGAAUUGCUGAAGUAAAUUAAAUUAUAAAUUAAUUAUAUUAGGCAGAAUUGUUAGAAGUAUUAAAGUUUGAAGGAGAAAUUAUUAAUGAAUUUUUAAUAGCAAGCAGAAGAGUAAGAAUUCAAUUCUCAUGAGUAUGUGUAAAAGAACUUUGCAGUAGAUAUAAAUGGUCAAAAUCAAGUAAUGGGAAGUUAAGUAAGUUUAAAUGCCUAUCAAUGUUAGCAAGUGUGCAAAUUUAAGAGCAGCAACAAUUUAAAAGGGCUGAGUCUGAUUGCUGUGAAAUUACCAUUUGAAGAGUAAAAUUUAUAAGGGAAGAAAGGGAGAAACUUGAAUUGA